AGUAACUUCCCUGGCAGUAGUAGCGACAGAGUGAAGAUCCGGAGAAGAAGAGUGCUGAACAUCGGCGGAACAACCUUUCUUUUCGGCGCUCAAGUGGUUCAAAGUGGUUCAAAUUGAGCAUAAAACAUGAAAACAAGCCGAUGAUUGAUAGCAUUAGGGCUGCUGCUCAAUAGUUUACACCUCCCGGGAAGAAAACAUCGGAGAAGAGAGUUUUGUGAGGAGGUCCAAAUUAAGGGUGAUGAUUUUACGUGCUGGAUGAUAAAUGGAUAGCUGAAGCAAACGGGUGGUCCAGAUCUUCAACGCAUCGAAGACUGCUUGGGAAGAUCGGAGAAGAAAGUGAGAGUUGUGAAUUAUCAUCAACAAUUGUGAGUGUGUGUUUCUGAAGGGAUUGCUCGACUGGACGAGGUGAAGAAGGAGUGAUCUGUGUGCAGUUAUUGCAGAGUGUAGCACAUCGUGAAGAGAAGCUGCGCAAUUGUCGUCCACGCCGGUUGGACGUUUAUGGAUACAAUAGGCGAUCAGAUUGUACCGUCGCCAAGCUUUUGGGUAAUGCAGUCACCAGAAUUAGAAUUUCGGCAUGAGCUGAUGGGGCGCAUAAAUAAAUUGGAAAGCGAUGUCGAGCUGGACGUGGUUCCGAUUAAUCAACAUCAUCCAUCAUCCGGGUCUCCGCCGCUGUCCCACCAUGCCGUCGCAACCGGGCUGGCCAGCGUGUACGGGGGUCAGGGCCACUAUGACCACUACGGCAAGGAGUUCUUUUUCGGCAGCAAACACCGCGAUGCACUUUGCGGCGUGUCAGCGGCGGACGGGGACGACUCGUUUCUGCGGCCUCCCCUCUGGGAGGACAUUACCAGCUCGAUCCAGAACAUUGACCCGGAGAACGCCAUCAUGCUCGGGUCUGCGACAACAACGACGACUGCUAUUACCCCGCAGGUCAAAACCGAAGCCGUGGACGACACCUUCCUGGAACCGCUGUCGUCGCCGUUGCUCAGCCCGCUGGAGAUCAAGACCGAGAAGAGUCAUGCGGGGUUGAGCCACAACCACCACAACAACAACAACAACAACAGCAUACACCAAAAUCAGUUACUUAGCGAUAGUAGUUGUAGCAACACCAUCCUAACCAAUAGCGAAUCUUCCGCCUACCUGCACCAUCCGGUUUCACACCCGGGCUCGAUGGCCACUAGUCACGGUCACGGCCAGCAGCCACAGCAGCACAAUCUCAACGGCUACAUGGGCUGCACCAACGGGCUGGUCUUAACGCAACAGCACCAAUCCCAUCAACCUCAUCAACACCAGCAGCAGUCCCACCAGCAUCAUCACCAUCAACAGCUGCAGGUGAACCACAACAACAACAACUAUUACCACUGGCCACCGUCGAACCAUCAACCGCCCGGUGGUGGUCAGAUGUACCAUCCAAAGUACCACCCACCGACCCAGGGCGGAGCGUCCACCAUUUGUACACCCAUCUCGAGGCUCAUGUACGUCCCGCCGCUGACCCCGCCGAACUCCGACCCGGGCAGUCCCGGGACGACGCUGCAGAACCCACCCCGCCGAACUCCACCCCCACCAUAUCACAACCAACAGCAGCAACUCCACCUGAUGACCACGAGCCAGGGUCAUUCCCACGGGAGUACCGUCGUCGUUCCUAACGGAUCUCAACCGCAAACUCACCUGCACGCGAUACCUGCGCCACCUCCACCAGCGGUUAUUCCGGUGACCACCACGAGUGGUCCUGCUAGCGGAGGUGGUCGAUCCGGUGGAAGUGGCAGCAGCAGUAGCAGUAGUGGUAGCGGAAGCAGUAGUGGGAGUGGUUCCGGAACGGGUCGGAAGCGGGCCUCGCAGCACAGCAUCAACAGUGUGCUGAGCAGUGUCGGUGUUGUGAAGCACAUUGUGGGGCGGUACAACCGGAGGAACAACCCGGAGUUGGAGAAGCGGAGGAUACAUCACUGUGAUUUUAUGGGUUGCACAAAAGUCUACACCAAAAGCUCCCACCUGAAAGCCCAUCAACGAAUUCACACAGGUGAAAAGCCGUACACCUGCCAGUGGCCCGAGUGCGAGUGGCGUUUCGCGCGGUCCGACGAGCUGACGAGGCACUACCGCAAGCACACCGGCGCGAAACCCUUCAAGUGCAUCGUCUGCGAGCGCAGCUUCGCCCGGAGUGACCACCUGGCGCUGCACAUGAAGCGACAUCUACCAAAAAAUAAGUGAAGAACGCGGAAGCUGGUCGGAAACCAGCGGCAAAUCUAGAGCAAUUCAACUAUCUCUGCUAGAGUUAAGCCUUUCGAAGGACGUUUUACGCAUCUAUUUCUAAGGUUCGGUGUAGUUCCAGAAUGUGUGUGUGUAUGUGCGCACCCCCUUAAAACACGACUUCCGAAGAUUUUUGGUUCCCACACGAACGAAAUCGAAACCCAAACACAAAGCUUAGACGCUAUUGCCACACAAGCCGUACUGCCGGAGAUCUCUCUAGAGCAAAUAUUGACACGGACAAAGAAAUCAAACGACGGUAGUGGCUUCUACACUCUUGAAAAAAAAACUGCUGAUCAAAUCUACCCCUCGAAAUACCAAUUGAUGAGUGGGUUGAUGGACCUAUUUUGGACCUAAGUUAGCGUGACUACUUUAAACUUACAAAUUUCGUCACUUUUCCGUACACAACAGACUAAUAAACGC